CUCUACAACCACCACACUCGUCUGUCGCUACCUCGCUCACUCACCCACCAUGCCUUACCGCACCAACUACGAGCCUUAUACUAGCCAGAGCUUCGAGAUGAAGCGCGAACUUUCCACCGAAGAGAUCCUCUAUCCUCUCGGGACACUCUACCCACACGUCGUGGCUCUUCAGCUCCAAACCGACGAGUACCCGUGGUGCAAGGCCAACCACUAUGCUGGAUAUGACAGCAGCCUUUCAGUGGACGAAGCGUCGGAGCAUUAUUCGACCAAGUCGAUGCUACGCAGGAACAGUGGUAUGUGCACACGUCCUUCAUCGGUUGCCUCCGAUUUCAAAUCCAACCAGUCUGAUCUGUCAGACAAGGUGCAUAUGAGCCACGCUAACGUCUGCGCAGACUCCACAGCAUGCCGCAUUGUGUCACGAAUUCGGCGACUACUCAACCGCGACGAAUUGCGACGUCGCCGACAGGCCUGA